AUGUCCGUUGUAGUGACCUCAGACUCCAAGAGCGAGUAUCAAGGCAGCAACCAUUCCUCCUUGCCCGCACCGGACACACCUGGCCCCUGCACUCGUGUGACAACACAGUCGUCUAAUCGAGAAUUUCAGAGUGGAGCCAUCAGGCCGACAGUCCGCUGUACCCAUGGGAAUAGCGACCAAUCUCCCUCACCCACACUGGACACGCCUGGCCCCCGCACGCGUGUGACAACACAGUCAGCCAAUUGCAAAGCUCAGACUGGUCCCAUCAGGCCAACGGUCCGCCGAACCCAUGGGAAUGGUGGCCAACUACCAGCUCGCCUGCAAAGGGGCGCUUCUACCACUUUGUCUGCCCCACCGGCCUGUGGGGCCUCUCGACCAAGACCUAAUGAGGAUGUUUGGUCUCUCCAUUCUUGGUGUUCUCUGUGUACCUGA